GUGUUCACAUCAGAUGUGGUUCAGUACACGUAUGGCGUGAAAGACGUGUGUAUUGUCUUCUUCUACUUCUUGAUCUCGAUUGUGAUGCACGCCGUCAUCCAGGAGUACCUCUUGGAUAAAGUGAACCGGAAGUUACACUUAUCGAAGAUAAAGCACUCGAAGUUCAACGAAAGCGGCCAACUGUUGCUGUUCUUCAUUAUAUCGAUAGUGUGGGCCUCAGAGAUCAUACGACGAGACGGUUAUCUCACGUCGAUUAGCAAAUUAUGGGCCGAUUAUCCGCACUUAGAGAUGACUUAUUUGUUUAAGUUUUACUUCAUUAUACAAAUCAGUUAUUGGUUGCACGCCUUCCCGGAGCUCUACUUCCAGAAGGUUAAG